UCGGUCUCAAGCAGGAGUCGGACGCCAACCAGCCCGCCUCGACUCGGAGGGCUCCCCGCCGUGCUGCGGCAGCGUGGCUCCAGGGCAGGGCCGCCCCCGCACACCUGUCAGCUCGCCGCCGGGUCCAGCCCGCCUCCAUGGCCCGGCUCCUGGCGGUCGCUCUUGGCUGCAUCAGCCUCCUCUACCUGUCGCUCUCCGGCACGCUGUCCCGCCGCCAAGACGGGAGCCGGCGGCUUGCUCUGCCCCGGGGGCCCCCAGCCAGGACACCUUCCAGUGGCCUGCAGCCCCAGCUCCCUGUACCCUGGCCUGUGGUCUGGAAGCCACGCCAGACUCUCCAGCCACAGGGGAGAGCCAGCCUGGCCACUGCUACGGAUCGGCCUGUCCGGAAUGGCCCCCGCCGACACUUGGGCCCCCGCAGGCCCAGAGCCCCGUUCCUGCGGGCUGGCUGUGUGCUCGGCACCUGCCAGGUACAGAACCUCAGCCACCGUCUAUGGCAGCUCAUCGCAUCGGCCGGCCCACGGGACUCGUCCCCCAUGGAUCCCAGCAGCCCCCACAGCUAUGGCUAGGGUGGAACAGGCCAUGGCCCUGCCUGUCCUAGCCAGAUUCUGUACCCCAACUGCAGAGCUGCAGCUAAGCCCCCGGCCCAGCCCCCCAGAGCUCCUGUAGGCAGCAGCAGCAACUCCAACAGUGGCACGGGACCCUGAGGAGACCCCUAACCCACCUAACACCCAUAAGCUCCUAUAGCAACCAACUUUGAACAGCUUUGGACACAGAAACCCACGUGCAGGUGUAAUCCUGGGCAGAUCUGCAGGCAGAGUCCAUGUGCCCAGGGGGUCAGGACACGUUGGGAGUGCAGGAACUUGGGACAAGGUGAAGCAGAGGUGGCCAGCAGCACCAGAUGCCGUAAAGGGCUUCAGAGGGAAGGGGUCUGGUGGGGCAGAAGUCAGGGUCCUGAACACCCAGGGCCACCUCUGGGCAAGCAGCACAGAGGCACUGAGUUGUCCCAAGCCAGCCCCUCCCCGCUGGUCCCAACAUGGGCACAGACUAAGUCUCAGCUUUGGGCAUGCACGCUGGCCUGCCCCCGUCCUCCUUCCCUGCGCUCCCGAGACUGGGAGGGCAGCGGGCAGGAGGACCGCACUGUGGUUCCCGGGGCCAGGUAAGGGAGGACAGGCCACGUUGGGAACUGCACUGCUCCAGCUGCCACCUCUGGAGCCUGGGCCCCUGGUCACAAUGGAGAUUCCUGCCUUGAUCCCUGUGGGCAGCUGGGGAGGAGGAGGAGUGCUUCAAAGCCACACAGGGCAAUUGGGGCCGACGGAGCGCCCCUUCCCACUUCCCAGAGUGAGGCAGGGCUGGCGUGGGAACAAGGUCUCCCACCCAAAUGGCUCAAUUAAAUCAGAACUACCAUGAGCCGGCCGAGUGGCGCGUUGGUUAAGAGCUGGCUUGGGACACCGGCUCUGAGCAGCAGGGCCCUGGUUCCGAUC